AUGACGACGAUCGAGGCUCCGGAAGCGCUCACCGAGCAAUUCCUCCAUUUGUCUUUGCUAGAAGAGAUUUUACCCGACGAGACGACGCUUUCGGACGAUCAAUCCGUCGCGAUUUCAAACAUUCUCGAUGGCAAGAACUGCUACGUGUACGGCCCAGGAGGUACGGGGAAGACGGUGCUUUUGAAAACCGCGGUGCAAAAGUUACGGGAAGAGCAGAAGAAAAAUGUCGCGGUGUGCGCGACGACUGGAAUUGCGAGCGAAUCGAUCGACGGUGUGACUAUUCACUCCCUGGCGGGAUGUGGAGUUGUCGAGAAUAUACACUUUCUCGGCCUCAAGGGAAAGGCCAACGAGACCCGAAGAGAAGUUAUACAAGCGUACGACGUGUUGUUUAUCGACGAGAUUUCAAUGUUGAGUGGAGAAAUGUUCGAUCGAUUGAGCGAACAUUUUGGAAUCAUACGCCAGAACACGACAAAGCCGUUUGGUGGGCUGCAAGUGGUCGUAUUCGGCGAUUUUCUCCAACUUCAGCCAAUCCCAAAGUUGGGAGUUAAUAAUUCGCGUUUGAAAGCGGUGUGUCCGGCGAUGAUGUUAGAUCGAGGAUUGUGUUUUCAAUCGUUCACGUGGGACAUGUUGGAGUUCACGUUUUGCGAGCUAAAGAAAGUGUUUCGGCAGGAGGAUGAGAUAUUUGCAAAUUUGUUGUCUCGCGUGCGAAGAGGUGAACAACGAGCUGGAAAUGAAAUAGUUGAAUACGUUGAGUCGCAGAGAAAUAUCGGAAGUGACGAUAUCCGACGAUUUGAAAUGAAGCUCUUUUCCAAGAAUAAAGAUGUGAACGCUUUCAAUACUCUGAAACUAAACGAGCUCAAGACUGAAGCGCAGAUUUAUAAAGCGAUUGACAGCGAAGAGCCGUGUGUUGAUAUCAGCGACAAUCGAUACAACGACUAUUGUAAGAGUUUGAAAGGCAACUGGAUGUAUUUAAAAGAAAUUCGAGCGGAAGAAAUCGUCGAGCUCAAAGUUGACUGUGAAGUGAUGAUGUUAUUAAACACUUCUGUCCCAGGAACUACUGCUAGUGAUGGUGAGCCACGACGUUUGGCAAAUGGUUCUCGCGGCAAGAUUAUAAAAUUUGAUAUUCCUGAUGAAGAGGCGAUGAAGUCGCACGUGGAAAAGCUCGAAAAAGAGCCGGAUGCCAAUAAACAUGAUAUCGAUUUACUUAACAGGCAGCUCGACUGGGUCAAGCGCGCUGCUCAAAAGAAGCAAAAGAUUCCGUAUGUUUUAUUCAAAGGUUUCGAGGAAGCGAUACCGAUACUCCCGAUGGAAUUCUCGUUUGAUACCUCGGGUUUAGGAAAAAACGUUCGUCUUCAAAUUCCAAUAAAAUUGGCGUUUGCGAUUACGGUACACAAGUCGCAAGGUAUGUCGUUGGACUCUUGUUCCGUAGAUGCUUCGAAUGUAUUUGCUCCUGCGCAAGUUUACGUGGCACUCUCAAGAUGUCGAUCGGCAGCCGGUUUACAAAUAGAAAACUUGAACUCGUCUAAAAUCAAGGCGCCUCAGGACGCGCUCGACUUUUACGACCAUCUUCGUGACCCAAAUAAGUACCCUCCGAAUACGCACAAGUGGUGGCAAUACUCUCCGAUGAUGAACGAGAAGGAAAAGGCCGCGAACAAGAUUUUGCGUCAGUAUUACGAACCGAUUAAGGACGAAAAUGAAAAUGGAUGCUUCUCUGAGUUCCUUUCCGUGAAACAUAAUCGAAUGGGAAAGCGAGCGGGGGAUGAACUUCUUAACGAAGAACCCGACGCGAACUGGAAGUGCAAGGCGUGUAAUAACAAGAGGCAGUAUUCGCUCGAGUGCUGCUUUCUUGUGAGAGAACAAGUCGCCAGAGACUUCGAUACAGACGUAUUCCGUGAACCGUGGUCGCAAAGGAGAAACAGUUCGGUUCAUACUCCACAGACGACGGAGCCGCCGAGCUCGUUACCAAGACCCGAUUGUGACGAUGAAGAUACAAGAAUCGCGACGAGAACGACGACAAGGAGUAGGUCAGAGGCUGAUGACGAAGACGACGGAGAUUUGGAACACAUCAUUAAACGUCAACGUAUGCGGCAGGAGCUCGAGACGAUAAAUCUUCAAAUCGAAUUAAUGGAAAGAAGAAACAGACUCGCGCAACUCCAGGAGAACGAGACGUGA